AGGACAAACUAUGUGAUAAUUUGUUAGCCCGAUUGAGUAAUUAUGCAUAAUUCAUUUUAACUGUAAUAAUGUCCCAUAGUAAUAAGUCAUAUAUAUGAUCGCAUUUAAGAAGUGUAAUACUUAAAAAAAAAAAAAAAAAAAAAAAUUGUGCGCAAACAUCAUCAAACAAGCCCUACAACUACAGCAAUCAGCUAAUCAUCUUCUUCGUUCCUCUUCUCAAAAUUACAGAGCUCUCUCUUCGAAUUUGCAGAAAACAGUCCGCGAAUCUUCACAAGGAAGAAGAUGGAUAUAAUAUCGCAAUUGCAAGAACAAGUAAAUUUGAUAGCAUCACUUGCAUUCAAUACUUUCGGAACUUUACAAAGAGAUGCUCCUCCUGUUCGUCUCUCUCCUAAUUACCCUGAACCUCCUAAUUCGAACCCUAAUCCUAACCCUAACCCUAAUUCAAAUAAUUCGAAUCCCAAUCCUCCCCAACAAGGGCAGCAGCAGCAACAACAACCACCGCCUGAUGCUUCCGCCAAUUUUGCUGAUGAACCCAAAACUGCCAGUGCUGCUCUUGUUAAGGCUGCAAAGCAGUUUGAUGCUUUGGUUAAUGCCCUACCACUAGCUGAGGGAGGUGAAGAGGCUCAACUGAAAAGAAUCGCUGAGCUUCAGGCAGAAAAUGAUGCUAUUGGCCAAGAAUUGCAGAAGCAACUGGAAGCUGCUGAUAAGGAAUUAAAGCAAGUCCAGGAAUUGUUCAGUGAAGCAUCUGAUAAAUGCUUAAACAUGAAGAAACCAUAUUGAAUAUAUUUCCCCUCCGGAAAAAUAAUAGGAUUGAAGGUUUUCUUUGUUGAUCAAGUCACUGGCCUGAAGUUUGUGCUCAAACAAUGAGAUUACGCAGCUUGUCUGUCAUCUUUGUACAGUGUGUUUGGAGUUUGGACUGUCCCAAAUAUUGCACAUUUGUUGGUUAAAUGUUUUAGAAUGAACUAAACCAAUAUUUUUUUUAGUUAGUACAGCACAUAGCUUGGCUUAAGAAAUUUUAGUACCAAAACAAAAUUGUUAACAAGACGUGUCAAGUUUACUGACUUGCAUUCCAUUGUUUAUCUCAUUAAUUGAAAUUUGAUAUCAAACCUUUGGCUUUGUGUUGA